GCUGCAGAGGGAAGCAGAGAGAAUCGAGAGCAGAUUGCACAGCUGCAAGCGUCAGUUGGCGAGUUGCAGUCGCAAGGUGUACACCAAGGGCAAAAGCUGUUUUCGUUAUCCACCGAGCAUGAUAGGACGAUGAGCCUUCUUGCGGAGUUCGAAUCCAGUAUGAAAGAUACAUGGGGUAAAGCAGUGCAGCGAUUGUCAACGCUAGAGGGAAGCUUUGAAAACGUUCUGGCGGCCCAAGCUGUAAUGCGCGAAGACUGCGAAGGGUGGUUGGAUAAGUCUGCUGAGGAACAGAAGCAGCACCUGGUUGUCAUGUUGGAACGACAGGCGGCAACUUUGGAAGCUUUGAGUAGGAAGCAGAUAGCCAGCGAUGAGCAGAUUGUGCAGCUGAAGCAGGGCCUGGAUAAGGCACAGGCGGAGGCUGUGGCAGUCAACAACAAGUAUGAGCAGAACUUGGAGCGAACCCGAUGGGUGGUCACCAAGGUUGCUGAGCUCGAGGGUCUAGUGGCUAAGCUGCGACAGCGAGACGUCAGCAUUCAGAGAGAGAUGGGUGUAGGUAAGGGGUUGACAGACUUGGCAAGCUCAAGCUCGCAACGGAAUGCCGUAGGAAGUGCUGCUACUUUGUCGGGGCCCUUGUACUAUGCCAUGACACCAGAUCUUCCCGCUGCGCAGGAGGAUGAUGAACAUGAUGAUGGUGGUGACGGAUGGUGGGGUGAUGAACGGGAAUGGGUAAGUAAGGAUCUUGAAACUAGUGUUCCUCCGGGUUUGAGUUUUGGUCCUUGCACUCCGCCUCCUCCGUUGCCUCCAGACAUGAAGAAGAGUGAGGGAAUAGAGAGACAGACAUUUCGGAUCAAUCAAGCCGCGUACAAGCUCAUCAAGGACGCGCCUAAGCUGGAUCUCUCGGCAGGCGGCGAGCCUUGGGAAGUGGGUAUGACUGCACAUCAGUGGCGAGUCGAAACGCGAACGGUUUUGGCAGCUAUUCAUCCCGGCUUUGCUGAUUACUUCGAUAGGAUUUAUGAAGAAGGGCGACAGCGCUACGAGAAGAAGAGACUCACUGGGUUCGAGGAUUCUUUGCCUGAUAUUACGGUAGCAGAAGCUGAGAUGGAGACUCGACUGUCUUUGGCAUUGCUCAAGAAUCUUCCGCAAACUGUUCGUCAGCCAGUGGUUGAGGGAUCUACUUCGAAGAACGUGCGGUGCAUCUUGAUGUUUGAGAGUCUGCAUGAGCGCUACGCCCCGGGGGGUCGUGAAGAGUUGGAGUCGAUUCAGCGAUACUUGCGACAACUGCCAUCGGCACAGGACUUCAAGGGUGCGAUGACAACGCUUCGAAGGUGGAAGCUCGCUCGCCAUCGGGCCCAAAGUGUGGGUCUACCUGAGCAAGCUCCUAACGAAGGCAUCGCGGCUUUGGAUAGCUUGAUGAAGGUUCUUGAGAAGAAGCAUCAGCAGCUGGCUAUGAAGAUCAAUCUUUUGAGGAUGCAGCCGGACAUCAUCAUUCCUGCAACUUCUGGGUUGGAUCGGUUAGAGAUGCUAGAGCUGCUCAAAGUAGCGAGGUGGUCGUUGCUGCGGAGGCGGCGGCAAAAGGGAUGGGACAUCAGAACAUGCUUCGGGCUCUGUGAGGGUGAGUCUAACCUCUCGGAUGCUGGCCCAGUUGACUCUAGUGAUUCGACAGGGCGUGCUAUAGAGAGUGAGAGUGAGAGUGAGGGCCACGGUAGACCGCCGUUGUGGUACCUAGUUCUUCAUGAAGUUGAGUAUGCUUUGAUGUCGAGUGGUGCGUCCCCACUGCUGACUCAUGCUAUUGCUCCAUUUCAGCAGGUGAACGGACCCAACUUGAUUGCUGUUGGCAUUUGGGAAAUCCUUGAAGAACUUGAUUUCCAACUUCCGAUUGAAGACAUCCAGAUAGGAUGCGAGGAGGGGCAUGCGGAUUCAGCCGUUUUCUGCGGACCACAGGUCUUGGUGGAUUCAGGUGCCAAUGAAGUUAUAAGGCCACGGCCCGAGGGAUAUGAUGUUCAUCGAUGCAAGAAAACGCAAGUGGCUUUGGCAUCAGGGGACACAGUGCAGGCAUGGAGGACACGAGAUGGUGAGCUCAUGAUCGGUGAUGUUGAGUUGGAUCAUGAUGCUGAUUGGAUUCUGAGUGUCCGUAGGCUGAGGGGUAUUCGGGGUGCUUUUGUGUGGGAUGAGUUAGGUCCGAGGGUCAAGUAUUGGAACGGUGAGAAUCAAGUCACGGUGCAUUGCAUGGAGCAAAAUGGGUUGCCAUACAUUUCAUGGGAAGACUUUAAGCCCAUUCGAGUGCUUUUGGCUAAAGAUUGGAGAAAGCGUGGCAACAUCAGUGUCAUGCGUGCCGAGACCUCAUCCCUGCAUGUGACAGAUUACGAGCCUACUGUUGAGAUUCUUGGAAGUCGCUUUCAGGAGGAGUCAAAGAUUGCACCAGCUGUUGCAUUGGAGGAUGCAGGCGAACAGAGGGCCAAGGAGUUGUGUGCCAAAGCUAAGAUCACCUUUGAUGAGGUUUGGGAUGCGAUUCAGCUGGCGAGUCUGGUUGAGAGGAAGACUGAUAGAGAGAGAGUCGUAGAAGAAGGAGGCAAGAAAGCACUUCCGAUGUGGUCAUUUGGUCUCUUCGUUCAUGGCGGCGUGUUGGGAGUAACAUCUGAAACUCGUCGGCAUCCAUGGUUGACGCGACUGUUGACGAAGUUGGUGCGACAACAUCAUCCGGAUUUGGAGUUUUUGUCUGUCGGCGUAGGGAUCAACUUGGCAUUCCGUCCUCAUCGUGAUCGCAAUUCCCUUGAAAGAGAAUCCGUGCUCUUUGGAAUCACUCGCUUCAUCGGGGGCCAACUUUGGAUUGAAGGGCUUCCGAAUGAAAAGGGAAAUACUGCUAUCAGACGAGUCGACAGCAGUGACGAGCCAAAGGCGGGUCGGCUUCACGAGCUAUCGCAUAAGAGUGUAAGGUUCAAUUCUGCUCUUCGGUUGCAUGGGACUGAGCCUUUCAAGGGAACGAGAGCUACGGCAGUUGGCUACACACCGCGUGGCCACCUCAAUGUGACAGCUGAGCUUAUGAAGGAGCUCAGCACCCUUGGCUUUCAUGACGAGAGGAUGCAGAAGCUUGGCGAUCAGGUCUGUUCGGAAGGUGAUGCCGUGCAGAUUGAACCGAAUGGUGAGCCAGGGUCACAGGACGUUUGGGAUUCGGAGUUUCAGGGUUUAGGCACGAGUAGCGUGCAAAGCCCGGGUGAUGAUGGAGAUGAGGGUUUGUCCGCGCCGGGGUUAAUGGCUUUCGAAGCUGUCGCUGAAGAGGUCAUUGAUCUUACAGGGGAUCCGCCGGCACGCCCGGGACAUGCGUUGAAAGAUUAUGAAGCUCGCGGCCUGCGCCGCCCGCACCGGAAGGUAACUGCUGACCAGGUGUCCAGAGGGGUUCUGUCUAUAGAUUUAGCGGGUCCGUAUGCUGCUGCCUAUGAUGGAACGAAGUACGCCUUGAUAGCUGUGUUUCGCAUUGAUGAGAGCAUGCAGUUGCAUUUCGUGCGGCCUAUGAAGAGGAGGCUGUGGAGUGAGCUGUUCAGUGCAUUGCAGAGUGUCUUGGCGCAAGUGUCAGCUCUGUGCGGAGAUCGACCUCAGGUGGUUCGAAUACAUUCUGAUAAGGCUCGCGAGUUCCUGGCGCAACGGGUUGUAGAGGGGAUCAAUGCUUUAGGAGUGUUCCAAACCACCACGACGGGUUACGAUCCUCAAGCAAACGGUCUUGCAGAGCGGACUGUUGGAUUGUUGAAAGAGCGAGCGAGGGGAUUUCUGAUCCGGGGUGGCAUCAACAAGAAGUUCUGGCCACUCAUGAUGGCAGAAGCUGCGAGGAGGCAGAGGGAUGUGACCUUAAACCGUCCUCAUCAAGGAAGGUUGCCUGAGCCAGGCGACUAUGUUGCUGUGACUGUGCAAGGUGCGGGUCCCUUUGACCCCAGAGUGGAGCCAGGGCGUUUCAUUGCUCAGUCGGACGUUGCAGUGCAGGGUGCUUUGGUGUUAGUCACGAGGGCAGGUCAGGAGCAUUUGAUCACCGCGCGAUUGCCAGCCGUGAUUGAUAAGAAGCCGGAGCAGUGGAGAACACAUGUCACACCGUUGGGAGAUUUGGUCUGGAUCAGUUCUUCGGGCCAGGUUCGGGACGGUGAGGUAGUCCGGGACCUUGGAGUGGAUUUGGGAAUGCUUACGGUGGAAGAGCGCGAACAAGGUGGUCAUGUUGAGCAGGGUUUGCCUUUCGUGGCCCGCGCAUCUGCCGGUAAUCAUCUUGAGGAGGAGCCACUUGCAAUGGUACCUGAGGUCCGGAAGAAGGUGAAGAAUGACGACAAGGCCGAUCGCUAUCAAAUCCUGCCGUAUGAGGUUGAGCAAGAGAUGAACCGGGCAGAGGUCAAGGUUGCGCAGCUGGUUACGGACACGAUUGAUGCAAGAAUCCUGUCUGACCCUAAAACACCGGCGGAUGAGAAGCUGAAGUGGAUAAAUGAGGGUUUGAAACCUGAGUUGCAGACGCUUCAACAGAAGGGGAUCUAUGAUGAGUGGGAUGAGGCGGACAUACCAUCGGGAGCGAAGGUGCUUCCGUCCAAGGUGGUACUGACCAAAAAACCUCUUGACAAUGACGCGGAGGUGGACCCAGCCGAGCCUUUGAGUACUUGGAGGGCAAAGGCGCGGAUAGUGGUGUGCGGCAAUUAUGAGCAGAAUACGGUGGGUCACGAUCCGGACAACGCGAGUGCCAACCCUGCUAUCGAGCACAUCCGGUGGAGCGCAACCUGCCUUGCAAGCAAUCCGAGCUGGACUGGACUGGUUCUGGAUGUUACGGCUGCCUUCCUGAACGCAAAGAUGGACAAUGAUGCAGAGGGCACGACGUUCUUCCUCGAUCCUGUUUCGUCCGGGGUGUGGGCCAUCAGGAAGCAAGGAGAGCCACAGUCAUUCUUCGGUGCAUUCGACAUGUACGUUGAUGACGGGUUGAUUGUGGGACCGGUGUCGUUAUGCCAGGCAUUAGCAGAGGUGCUGCUGAAGACGUGGCAGAUGAAGAUCCAAGGGUUCUUGCCGAGUGACGGGUUGAAGGUCGGUGAGAAGGUUCAGGUGGGUGACAAGCAGGUCCCGAUUCGGCAGGAGUUGCAGUUCCUGGAGAUGGUGAUCAGACGCACUGAGGAGGGUGUGUCGCUACAUCAGCAUCCUUGGGUUGAGACUGAGCUGGAGCGGCGCGGUUGGGCGGCGGUUAAAGGUGCCGCUAAUCUUCCGGAAGUGGUUGAAGGACAGACGGUGCCGGUGACCCGGGAUGAUGCGUACGGUGCGGACCUGCACCGUGCGCAGUCGGAGAUUGGUUCACUUUUCUGGUUGGGGCUUCGCACUCGACCAGACUUGCUUGCUACAGUCGGGGCCUUAUCUUGCAUGAGCACUGUGGACCCGAGGAAGACGUACAAGCUUGCGACACAAGUCUGGAGGUACGUAGCUGGUACCAGGGAUAAGGUGUUGUUCUUCAGAGCCGGGGGCAAUCUUCAGGAGGAGAAGCUUUCGAUCUUUGGAGAUGCAUCGUUAGCGCCCGGAGCAUCGAGAUCAAGGACCGGUGUGGUGGUGAAGCUUGGUGGCUAUACCAUCGCAUAUCGUACUCAGCGACAGUCUUUAACUGCUUAUUCUGCCUUUGAGGCAGAAGUCGAAGCAGCGGCAACAGCGUAUCAGCUAGGAACACAGGUGAAGCUGUUUGUGGACAAGUUCCUGAAGAAGGAUGUGGAAACGGAGCUGUUCGGGGACAAUUCUGCCUGUGUUAGCAACCUCACCAAGGGGUCGGAGUAUGUACAGCCUACCCGUACACGCCAUUUUGGUAUGAGAUGUUCGUACUUGAGAGACCACCUCAAGAAUGAUGGCAUCCCUAUGCUGCAUAUGAGUGGCGAGCUGAUUCCGGCUGAUGGGUUGACGAAGACUCUCUCGCGGGUCAAGCUGGAAAGCUCAAGAGGGAAGCUCAAUGUUGUGUGA